AUGAUGACCGAAGCAACUUGGGAUAAACAUCUGGCUGAACUAGAGUUGAUGCUGAACACUGCAAUAAAUCAAACUAUUGGAGUUAGUCCUUUCUAUGCAUUAUACGGAUUCGAUGCAGUGAUUCGAGAUGGUCUACUAGAUACACUCACUACACUAACUCCAGCAUAUCAGAAACCAGCAGAAAUCCAGCAACAAAUACGCAAAGACAUAGCAGAAAAGCAAGCCCAGUGGAAGGAACGGCAUGACAAACACCGUAAAAACCAAACUUUAUGUGUAGGGGAAAUUGUCUACCUACGACGACCCCCGGUGUCCACCGGUACAUCAACUAAGUUGCAGCCCAAGUACCGGGGACCAAUGAUAGUGACUGCUGUAUGUGCUGGCGACACUUAUAAAAUUGCAGAUCUAUAUCAUGAAGGAAAACAAUUAUAUGCUACUACAGCACACAUUAGUGCCCUGAAGCGCUUCGCUACGGAUCAAGGAGAAGGCAGUGAAUCAGAACAAUCCGACCAAGAGGGGCAGGACAGUGACGGUUCGGAAAAGCAAGCAGUAACCACAACGAUGGCUGAGCCAGUGAGAUCUGACUCUUUGGUACCAUCUGCAGCGGACACUAAUUCUAGUCAAAGAACCUCCAGUCGCAAGAUUAAGAGACCUAUCUACUUAAAAGAUUAUACUAAUUAA